CCUUACCCGAACAAGUGGUAUCAGCCCCAUAAGUGAAUAGUUUCAAGGAGAAGCUGCACCUUCACUGUAAGCAAUGUGUCAGGAUUAACACAGGUUCAUCAAUCUACUAUCCUUAUUACUGAAGACUGAAGCAGAACAUCAUCAAAGAUUCGUCCUAUAUCAUGCACCAUUACGAUGGAAUCACUUUGGUUACUAGAAGGAUGGAGGCUAUCAGUUAUGGUGUGGCUGGACUCAAAUCAAAUUUGAAAAUGUCUUGAUUUGACCGCUUCUGAGAAAUCUUUCAAAUCGUCGACGUGACGCACCAAUCGUUUCACGACAGGUCGACCUUCAAGUGCUCAGUAACCUCCAUCAGGGAGCGAAGCUACUGGAUGGUUGCCGUUUGACAAUGUCUCAGGCUGGUUUGUUGUGUAGAUAGUUUUCUCAAUUUGCCAUAUAAUUUUGUCACUGAUACUCACUGAUUCAAUCUACUUGGUCAGAAUAAGUUCCUUGGUUCGUAUGCUCUAUCUGUGGUAUAUGAGGUACCCUACGAUUUGAAGGCUUAUGCUGUGACAAAAAUGCCUUUCGAUCAAACCUUGCACUGGUAACAUUCAAGCUCACUUUCGGCCAGUUUGAUGAGAAAACUUUCCACAUGAUCUUCAACAGUUUUAUUCUUCCCCGUUUAGAGUACGGAAACAGUAUUUCCUCCCUCACUUCAUGAGGAUAAGGACACAGGAGCGUAUCUAAAGGCGAGCCGCAAAAUCAGUUCGGGGACUCAAAUUCAAGCCUUGUGAAAACGCCUCCGAUCACUAAACAUUUACCUAUUAGAGUGCAGGCGUCUAAGAGGUGACCUAAUGGCUUACAGUGUUCUUAACAAUUCUGAACAUCCCCUUAAACACCUGCUUAAGUUUAGCUCCAACACAAACCUGAGGAGUAACAUCCAGAAACUGGAGACACAACAUAGUAGAAUGGACUGUAGACACGACUUGUACUCCUUAAGAGUUGUCAAAUGCUGGAAUUCGCUGCCGGCUGAGCUGAUCUAAGCGACUUCGCAGGAGUCCUUUAAGAGGAAACUUGAUCUGUUCUUAAGAACUAAGAAUAAUACCAUACUAUGAUUUAUCAAUUUCUUUUCUCCUCUAUUGUCAUUAAUAUACCUAGGUUCCUGCCUGGAGGUAUUGGUGAUCCACUUCUAAUAGACACGGAAGACCGUUAAGCGAAAGCUUCUAUUUCGUCCAUAACCGUUUGAGGCGUUUCCAAUUGUAAUAAGCGACUCGAUCAGUUGGCUGUAAUUGUUGUUGGAGUUAAUCCCUGAUGAGAUGCCUGUGUAUUCUCAACUCAAUCGGCUUCUGAUUAACUGUAACUGCCCAAUUAGAUGUACUGAACCAAACGAUCGACCAGUUCGUGAUUUCAAAUCGAAGUCCGUUUUUAUCUUACUGUGUUGCUAAUCCAAAUCUCCCGAUUGUGAGGAAAUUUUGGCCUAAAGGUCUAACCCACAAGGUAGUGGAGCAUCGUGAGGAGAUGCAGUCCCAUGGUAGCCGGUGACCAAGAAAUUGGUUCAUACGCCGUCUGUUCCCACAGAAUACUAGAGCCCAUGUGCAACAUUGAUUUGGGAUCCGGUUAAAGCGCCGGACAUCCGCUUUUCGUCCUCAUUUUCAUAAACAACACCCACGCCACGAGAAGGCAGUGAGUAGGACUUCCCUUGCAGAGGCUAUAUACGCGUGACCGUGUGAGAGUAUUUCGAGAGGGAGGGCGAGUCCACCACUCUCGGUCAUACCAGGGCAUUUGGGGGCAAGCAGUUCAGCAUACCGUAUGAUUAUGGACUAUUUACUAACCUGCUAGUGGGUUGUGUUAAUUUUGAUUACUGUCAGGAAUCCUAAUAAUGUGUGUUUAGGUGUAUUUUGUGAUGGCAAUAUAUAAUCUUUAGGUUUCUAUCUUGUAGUGUUUCUUAAGAUUCCUGAACCUAUUCAGGACUAAUCUAAUAUGUUGCGAUUGACGCUCCAUUGUUUUGUAGAUGCUGUUUUCCGUCACUUGCUUUUCCUGAAUCUGAAGUAAGCCCUCUUCAAAACCUAGCGUCACUUAUCAGAUCCUAAACAACAUGAUUUUAGUUGGAGAUGCUCACUUUCUUACUAGGCUUCAUAACUUUGAGAUUUUAUCUUCCGAACCAGUAAACAUCACCCCAUCCACAUCUGAUUACUUACAAAACGAAUUCAAAAACUUGUCCCUUAAGUUUGAUCAUUUGUAUGCUUCUACACAUAAAAACCUUAAAGUUCUUCAGGAACUCGACUCAGAACUGCAUUCAUUAGACAGAACCUUUACUGUGGACAAACGCUUGGAAUCUUUCGCGCCACUCACAGAUAUUAAAAAAGGGACAAAUAUCCGCACUGUAAGUUCAUAAUCGUCACCGUCAAGUUUUCAUUUUGUUGUGAGAUAAGGUGCUAAGGUGAUUUUACACCUCAUUCUAAACAGUAAGACAUAAUCCUAAGUGGUUUCUAAAAUUCUUAAAAAGCAGGUAGUAAUAUUCCCGAACGUAACAUAUACAUUGGGAAGUGUUAUUAAAAUCAUACAGGGUACCAAUCAUGGAUGCCUAGUUCGGUAGUGACUUUGUUAAAUUGAAUUUAUCCCAAAUAUUUUCUAUCACUAUUACAACACAAAAAUGGAGCCGUAGAUAUUUUUAGUAAAGUUUAUCUCAAUGAUGGCGCACAACUUUGUUCAACAUUAUUGGUUAAAGUCUACGCAUUGGUGCAAUAAGAGACAAAAAGCUACGAUUAGGACAGUUACUUCCUCAAAACUUUGAGCCCCAUCAGUAAAUGUCAAAUAUCCAGAGAUCAGAUAUCAGGAUAUAGUAUUAUGAACUUAUCUGUUGGAUUUAAAUAAAUUUGUACUAUCUACUCGAUAAGUGCUUCGAUAACGCCAUGAAAUAAGGUUGGUGACUUUUUAAAAUCAUCAGUGAGUAGUUUGCAUAGUCCCAUCAAGUACUCGUGCUUCAGUAAUUUUAAGUGAUUUCAUCGUAAAUUGAAUGGUACAUCUUACUCCAUCUAUGUUAAUGGAAUUCUAAUCCCUAUUUGGUUUUGUUUUCAUUAAGACAUUGCUAAUUGUUUUGAUUAGUGCGAUGUCAUCUUUAUAACCUUACAUUUUGUAUGCAAAUGUAUCAUAUCUAUACAAGUGGUUCUGUAAAAAUUGGUGUUUCAAAAGUUAUUAUUUGCAAAACCAUCCAUCCGAAUCAUAAACUGCACUUAUGAUCAAGUUAUGAAUGGGUUCUCUGACGUGUUCUAGUUGAGAUUCCGUGAUCUGUAUAGUGAGCCUAUCAUGAAAUAAGACAUAAACUCAUUAAUGACGUUGAACGAGGAUCGUGCUAUAUCGUGAACGAAAUGUUACUAGAAACGUGGACCAUUAAGUCUCGACUUAUUAGUUAAAUGGUAUCGUACUUGGUGCGAAAACCAAUGACUGGACUCAGUUCUUCACGUGGUCGUUGAUGUGUACUGCUACAAUGUUCUAUGGCAAAACAGCACCGUUUUAUAAUGUUGCAUGAUUUCCUGGCUUACACCAUUUCGUGAAAUAAACUCCCAAAAGUACUGUGUUUACUAGUAUUUGAAGUGUGAGGCGAAAGGAUUAAAUCUUUACUUCUCGUUUAGUAAACACUAACAUUCCCCAAAACAUUUGAUCCUUAGGUUUCAGGACUUUUAUCUGAUUCUAAGUUAUGGUGAUGAAAUUAUUAUGAUGAA